GCCCUCCCUUGGCUGCUGAGGCGCCGCUGCUGCUGCCGCCGCCGCUCUGGUGUCUGCCUCGUCUCGCGCUCGCGCCGCCGCCGCCCCUCGCGCCUCUCUGGCCCCGCGCGAGCUGAGGGCGAAAGCGAGGCUGUCGCCGGUUGCGCCUCAGCUCCUGUCGCGAGGCCGUCGCCAUGGCGGGCGGUCCGGCUCGCCGCCCGCGGCCGGUGGGGCCCGAGACGCUACUGGUGCUGCUCGUCCUACUGGUUUUCGGGGGCCACCGCGGGGCCCAAGGUAAGAGGGGAGGAGGAGGAAGAGGAAGAAGAAGAAGAAGUAAGGGACCUCAUCCAACAUGGCGGCGGCGGCUUCAGCUCGGGGUGGGGCGUGUAAAUAUUGGGGCGAGGGGCGAAAGAGGGGAGAAGGGAGGCGUCGCGGGGUUGGGGAGGAAGGGUCUCUUGGGUGUAGAGGCGGGGUCCCCAUCCCUGAGGGGGUGGGGAUCUGUCUGUGUGUGAGAGAGAAAUCCACCGAGAAAUCCACUCAAGCUGUCAGAUUAUAGGGAGGGGGGUCUGCGGACCCUCCAUAGAAACCCUGCCUUUGAUCCUUCGCUCCAGCAGCCGUGGGACGCGAGGGUUGGGGGGCUGCUUGCUGCGGAGCUGCCGUGCCUUAGCAGAGCUGGGGGGUUGGGUUGGGGUUUGGGUUGCGAGGUGCAGGCUGGGGGGUGGGAUGUGUGCUGGGAUGGGGUGGGAGGUCUGAAAAAAUGAAAAUAAUUAUAUAAAAAAGAAUUGUGAUGCAUCUAGGGCAGGGCUGUGCGACUUCCAAGAGGCUGCGAUCUACAACCACCGUAAAAACACUGGCAGAGAUCUACCCAGCCCUGAUCUAGGGGGACGGGUGGCUGGCAUCGAAAUGUGGAGCCCGAUUCGUCAAGAGAGACAAUGGCCAACUGGAGGAACACCUGAUUUCCUCGAGGGGUGGAGGGAGGGUUGUGUUUCUUUAUAGGGGCCUUGCAGAUCUGUGAUGCCUUUCUCGUGUGUUUGUGUGUGUGUGUGUAUGGGGGGGGGAGUGUAAUGGAGGUCACAUGAACCCAGUCCCUGUUCAGGUUCCUUGCUUCUGCCAACCCCUCUGCAGAUCAGACUUGGCGAGGAAUGAAUUUUAAAAGCAUGUUUUUAAUCAAUAGGCUGGCGUGAUGGUUGUUAAUUGUGUCAACAAGUAUGUAAAACUCCAGAAUUUUAACAUAAAAAAGGAGGCAUGGUAUGAGACUUAAAGCCCACUAUCGGCCCGCAGUGGAGUUCCUGUUCACCCCAAAUAGCCUGCCUCUGAGAAUGUUUUGGUUUCACCAUGAAGUGUCCUCAGGCCUGAUGACUCGAGAGUCCCCCUUGCUGUCUUAACAAAGACAUCAUCACAUAAGGAGCCAGUCAAAAACCAGUUCCUUAUUUGCAGACCUGUUUGUUAAUGUAUUGCAAAGGGAGGUGUGGGGCAUCAGCCUUGAGAAGGUCUUGGUUCUUAACAAAGCUUUUGAUCAGGUAGGGCUAAGCACUGUAUGCCACUAGACAGCUAGUCUGUUUAUAUAUUGAUGCAUCUCAGGACAACCCAGAGUUUUGUUCAAGACCCUGAAAAGCCAAUUCCACUUUGAAAUGUUGGAAUGCGGUGUGAGUGAUUUUUGCCACAUGGGUAACUAGUUAAAGGUGAUGUGGCCACAUGUAGAACCAAUCAGCUUGUCAUAAGUUGGCCAGUUCUCAAUCAUUUCUUGUUAUGGAUCUCUUUGGUGACCUGGAUAUCUCAGGUCAUGAACUGAGGGUACCUGAUGCAGCCACCUAGCUGAAACCAACCAGGUCUGGGUCAGAUGGGAGAGCUUCUGGGAGCCGUAUGUGUGCUGCUGUCUUGGAUUCUGUGAUGGGGGAAAACAGAAUAUAAAUGUACUAAAUAAAUCAUCAAGCUACUCAGUCAGUUUAGUAUAUGGCAAAGUCAGCUUAGAUAUCAUUGCCCUUCCCUUUGGGCUCUUCCAGAAAGUCUUCUGGGUACAAGAAUUUGUUGUGAAUAAGGAACACGUGUAUCUAGAUGGUUUCUUCUGCCAUAUAGUUGCUGUGGCAAGAUAUCUCAGUUUCUUGGAAGAGGGAGGACAGAGUCUGGCAAUGCCUCAUUCAGCUAAUUGGAAAUUUUGAAUUUGGAGAACACUGGUAGCAAGAUUAUUCCCCAGGACAUUUGCAGAGCUGGGCUUAUUCUGGUACAAAGAUAUAAAAUGGGUGCUUCAAAGGAGGAUGUAAAAAAGAUCAACAUAUAGGGAUAGGUGGCAGCAUGUUAUCUCUGAAGUAUGAGUUUGCAGAGGGAUAAAUACAAUCUUACCACGUUCCUGAAUGAUGGUGUCCAAGGCUGUGUGGCUUAAUCUCUUUUUUUUAAGGGGUGUAUUGCCAUGGUUUCUGAAGAUUGUUGUUUGCCAUUGGAAAGAACACAGCUUUAAAGGGGUUCUGCUAUCAGGUGUUCCCAUCAGUUUUAUCUAAAGCCCUGCUCCCUUUUCUGAUUAAUUAACAUUUGCUUUUUAGCAUUGAACUCUGUGAACUCGCUUUCCCUUAAAUUAAAUUUUUUUUUAAAGGAUAUGCUACAAGGUUCACAUUACAGCCCAGUGUAGAGGAGAGCCGCAAUUCCAAAACAAUUCCAUUAUUAGAACUUAACAAAUGGGCAAAUUUUUGCUAACAAAUAAGCUGCUAACAAUUAAAAAAAAUAGAAAAUCCGAAAAUGUCUGAACCAGACAGUAAGAACAGUAGAAAAUGGCAGCAUCAAAACUAACAACAGGAGAUAAAAAUCAAUCAAUCAGUCAGUCAGUCAAUAGCAUGCUUAAUUUCACCCUAAUGCUGCAGUCCUAUGCACAGCUAAGCAGAUAGUAGCUCCACUGAACUCUUCACACCAGUAUGCCAGCCCUAAGUAAACAUGCCUAGGAUUGGGCUACAAAUCUCAUUUGCUUCUUUCCAAUAAUUUUAUUUAGCUAAGUUUUGUGUGUUGAGAAAAACUUAAAAAUUAUGAGAACAUAUACAGUAUGGGUGCUUGGAUGUUCUGACUACUGUACAUGAUACAGGAACUAACAAAUGAGAAUCCAAUGAAAUUGACAGUAAUAAUAUUGCUUCAUAGCAUUGUUGUGAUAUUUUGUUCUUUUUAAUCCUCCAUCUCUUAGUUUAGUUCUCAAUUCAUUUGUUCCAGCUUUGGGUUGUUCAAACCAAUUAAAAAAAAUAUCCAGAUUGCCAGCAUAAGGUGAAACUGGAUUUCAGAAGAGCUAGUGGGUGCUUAUCUAACUGUUAAAUGUGAAAUUAUUAGGGAGCAGAUUAACUUUGUAUGUGAAGCCUACUGAAGACUGAGCCUCUCCAUUCAUGUCACACUUCACUCUGCUCUGAAAAGUUCUUAUUGGUUUCCUUCAAAUUCAUGCCUGUUGAAAAAAUAAAUAGGAAUGGGGAAAUUGACUUCCAUAGUCUUUGAUGCUUUGUUUUGGUUGACAGCAAUUGUUUUCAGCAAAUGCUGCAAUGUACGUUUUUACUGAUAGUAUUUCUCGGUGAGGUGUGUAUGCAGCAUGGUUUUAUGGGCAAGGACAAAUGUGCAAAUAAAAACUGAUGUUUGUGAAAAGGUGUGUGCAAGGAACUAAUUUUGCCAAGUUGCAAGAGAAAGGGGUGGGUGAAAGCCAAUUUUAAAAGGAUAAUAGUAAACAGCAUGAACUGCUUGAAGCUUAACUGUGGUAAUUGGUGUCUCUUUAAGCAAGCAUAACAUGCUUUCUGUGCUUUGCUAAUAAGGUUCAUUUUCAGUAGCUUUCACUUGUGCUGUAUAUGUAUUUUUACAUGAAUAAAACAGCCUCCUAAUUACUUUGUAUGAAAACAUAAUUCAGCUUGCUGUUUCCGUAGCUUCUGAGCAUGCAGUGUCCUGUACGAUUAAUAAACCUACAUGUUUAGAAGCUUAGCUGUUACUUGAAAGUAAAAAGUUGUGGAUUCCUUUGCUGAUAUUUCUCAGAACAAGGAUUUAUUUAGUUCAGAAUAGAACAUAAUUUAUAUUUUAUUACUUUCCAAGAAAGAUAUCACUUAAUUGGAAAUUGGGUGCACUGUCCAAAAAAAACCGUCCUUGAACUUCUUUUCACACAUCUUGGCCAGAACGCUGAGAUUUUCCUCCCACUAUUGUCCAUCUGGUUUGAUAUCCCAAUCUUCUUGCUGUUGUGGAAACUGCACUUGUAAAUGGCCUCAAAUAAAACUUUAGCCCUAUGGUCAAAUAAGCAGUUUAAAGGGUGUCCACGAGUAAGAUUAUUUCCUGUUACACUAUUAUCCAGAAUGCUUCUCUGCAGUUGCAUUCCAGAAGUGCAGACCAUAAGGAGAUAAUUUCUCUUAAGGUGAGCUUUCACUUAGUAGUGAGGGCAUAACAUAAACAAAUUAAAGUGGAGAGUUAGCAGCUCAAGGCCCCUCUGCUAAGCCUUUAAAGCAAUAUUGUAUAUAUAAUUUAAGUAUUUGAAUCAAAGCCUCAAAACCAGUCUUAGUUGCUGUACGUGUUCUUACCGAAUUGACCAUUUAUGAAUAAACCCAGAGUACUAUGGAGCCAAUGUGGAUUUGCUCAAUAUUCAAAUUAAAAUAAGUUUUUAAAAGGUGCUUAAUUCUUGAAGAAAGAAUAGUUCAUAAAUCACUAUGUGUGUCUUAGUACAUUCCUAUAGUGUUAUUUUAAACACAGUAAAGUGAAAUAACUUGCCUGUUCAUAAGGUACUGUCUUACCCAAUGCCAAUUUCUGCUGCAUUCAUUGGAUAUAAUGUUCUUCCCAAUCCCUUUGAUCUUUUACUCCAUACAGAUAUUGGAUGUUGAAUAUGUUUGUCUAGGAAAUAUCUCACUUAAUGAUUCCAAUAAUAACCACUUCUAAAAAACAAAUCUGUUUGGGGCAGCUUAACAUUAUCUUGUGUGUACACAUUUUAAAAUUGUGUCAUUUAGCAGGACUUAGGAAGCAACAGCAAGAGAUGCUACAGAUUUGUUGGUAGUUGAGAUAAAGCAUUGGGGCCAACCUACAUGUUGCAUAAUUUUCCUCUGCAACUGUAAGCAACAGAAAGAUGGGUGGGAAAGAGAGGUUUAAGCCUUUCCACUCUUAAAAGACUGUUCUCCACUUGCUACUUCCUCCUCCCAACUAAUCUUAAAAUAUGUGUCUGUUUUUCUGUGUAGUUUGACUCCUACAAGGCUCAGAGCAAAGAGUCCUAAUUCUUUGGCUAUCAGAUGGCACUCUGGUGCAAUAAAAAAUAGGCUACACAUAAACAAGCAUUCUUGGUCUGGGAUGCUGAACGAGGAGUGGUUUCUUAGCUUCUUGGAAUAUUUGACCUUAGUUGAUUGAUGUGACGUACCAAUCUUAUAGGAUCUAUUCCGCCGGAGGGACGGGACACACUAAGCAUUGCAGUUAUUGUAAAUUCUCGCAGUUUCUACCCUAAAUUCCUAUUUUUGUGAUUGCUGCCAAGCAAUCAGGAAAUAUUGCAUUAGAUCAGGUGUGUUAGUUGCCAGUGAGUUCACGGACCCAGUUUGGAGUGUUGUUUGCCUACCAGAAGGCUCUCACAUUGAGACCUGCUUUUGAGGCCGUGCUUGUAGGCCCACCUCUUCAGAGUAAUCAAGUUGGCAAGCAUGCAGGAGAAGGCUUUCUUGGUGGCCCUGCAUUUGUGGAACUCUGUUCCAACCUGAAGAUCAGAUAAGCCCCAUUCCUAGCAGUUUUAAAGCAGACUUUGAAAACAUGCAGAAAUUCGUGGCGCUGAUUUAUUCUGAUGAUACUGUAUUUAUGGUCUUACUGGACUGUUUCUGUUUCAUUGUGCUGGCCGCUUUAUUAUUAUUGGUUGCAUUAAAGUUUUAAAUUCUGUUUUUAUGUUUAUAUAUGUAUGUUUGUGUAUUGUGAGGAAAAGUUAUCUUACCUCUUCACUCCUAGCUGUCCUGCCAACAAAAAGAAAGGAGCCACUGCUUCCUUAAUUUGAAGAGAAACAGAACUGUAGCAUAUUUUUUGGACAUGGAAAGCGUGUGCAGAUCAGUGUUAGAAACUCUCAUAAGCUAGGGGCCAAAUGGCUCCUUAAACCAGGGGUACAGUUGCCAAAACUGAAUGCCUAGAUGCCAUUUUGGGGCCAGACGGCUCAAAGGUUUUAUUUUUCAAUAAAACUUUUUGGUUCCUGAAAUUCAUUCUGAUUGUGCAAAUAAAAUAUGAUAGAUAAAAUUCUACAGGGUGUGUUGCUAGUGUAAAAAUAGUCAAGACCCAAGAAUCCCUAGGUAUGCACCUCCAGAUGGUGGAGAUGUCAGACACCAUCAUGGCACCUAGGCAUCUUCACUUGGUUGCAAGUUACCAAUAAAGGUAAAGGGACCCCUGACCAUUAGGUCCAGUCGUGACCGACUCUGGGGUUGCGGCGCUCAUCUCACGUUACAGGCCAAGGGAGCCGGCGUACAGCUUCCGGGUCAUGUGGCCAGCAUGACUAAGCCGCUUCUGGCGAACCAGAGCAGUGCACGGAAACGCCAUUUACCUUCCCGCUGGAGCGGUACCUAUUUAUCUACUUGCACUUUGACGUGCUUUCAAACUGCUAGGUUGGCAGGAGCAGGGACUAAGCAACGGGAUCUCACCCCGUCACGGGGAUUCGAACCGCCGACCUUCUGAUUGGCAAGUCCUAGGCUCUGUGGUUUAAGCCACAGCGCCACCCGCGUCCCUUGCAACCUUGAUGCAGGGGUGUAAAUACUCCAAAUAAAUAAUAAUAAUUUGCCCGGGUACUGAAUCAUGGUUUUGAGGCCAGUUUUAGCCAUUCUGUUUAAAUGCUAUUAAUAUGCUAUGAGCGUUGUUUCUGAUAUUUUAUUGCAGUUCUGUGUUGGUGUUGUGCUAUUUUACUACUAUUUACUAUUUUAAAACUAUAUGAAUCCCUGAUAGUUUUCUACCAAAGGGUGGUUUAUAUAUUCACCAAGUAUGUCUUCAUUUUGAAAAGCUCCCUUCAGUGCAGAUUGAUUGAGUUUGAAGAUGCCCCAAGGUGGAAUUCAGUGCAGUGCUAUGUGGGAUAUGUGUACUGUUGCGCUAGUGGACUUGGUUCCACGCACGCAAUAACUUAGUUGAUUCCCGCUUUUUAUUUGUUCUACAGCUUGCUUUGUGGCAGAAGCAAAGUUGAGCUGGGCCUUCUGUCCCUUACUGAACUUGUGUCUUCGCAAGAUGUAUGUUAGGUCUGAUGAAAUCAGUGUCAGCUAGUUCACUUCAGCAGAAAUGCAUACUCUAUAGAUCUCUUGAGCAAGAACAAAGCUUUUAUUCGGAGGCUCUGAAGCUUAGCUAGGCUUGUUUAAACAGCGUCUUUUGGGGCUGUGUCUGUCUUGGAGCAGAAUGUCAGACACAGACAUGCCAAACAGACAGUAAUACAAUUCCCAGCAAGCUUGUGUUACACCUUUCUUUCAGUGCAUCUUUAGACAUUUUAUCACAGAUGUAGAUAAAGAUCACAUGAACCUUACUGUGUCCAACCCAGGAAUUUUGUUUUAAUUAAGUGGAUUAUAUGUUCCACUUUAUAAAUGGUGUCUCUACCCUGCUUCCAAGUUAACUGCUAGAAAAAGUCUGGUCUGAAUUUUGCUUUUGUUCAGUUAUUUCUUUUAUUGGGCUUGCCCAAACAUUCCCAGCUGCACUUUCAAUCAUUCUGUGAAAAGAACUUGCCACUGGCCUCUUAAGUACCUGUUGGAUUCUGAGCAUGCAACAUUCUCCAAGGUGAAAUAAUUGUAAUAAUACCAACUUUUCUUUUGCUUUUAUUGACACGGGGAGAAUUUUUUCCCUGUCGCUAGUCAAAACUUGAAGUGCCGGAACUGCACAAGUUGCUUUCUAAUCUCUCUCUUCCUCUCCCUCUCCCUCUCCCUCUCUCUCUCCCCCCCCCCCCCCGCCCUGGGGUAUUAAGGCUGACGUACCUGUUUCAUGUGAAAUCACCAACCUUGGCAAACAGGGCUGCAUUAUCAAGGUGUUGCAGACAAGCAAGGAUUUCAUAGUAUUCUUUUUUUAUUUCAUAAAAAAUACGGUUUAUAAAGAGAAUGACAAAGUGUAUCACAAUUUAAAAUAAAACAGUACCGAAGGCCAAUUAAGGUACCUUUAAACCCCAGAGUAGACUUAUCCAAAAUAUGGACAGCUAUGCAACCGUUCUGCUAGUUGGUACCUCUUACUUGAGGUAUAUUCACUCCCCAUCCCCCCCCUUCUAAAAUAUUAAAUCAGUUAUAAGGUUAGCUCCGGACACAACUUUAGAGCAUAUUGAAGAGGAAUUGCAGAAGGCCUUUAAGCCAUCCCUAUCCACCUGCAGUAAACAUUGGCAAGUAAAACACUACUUCUGGCAAAGAAGCUUUUGUAAAUUGGAGGAGAGUCGGUUCAGUGCGGUUGAUGGACAAGUGAUUUAACACAGGCAAGCAAGUUGGUGUAUAUUUUUGUUGGUUAGAAAUAUAAGGGACUUGGGAGCCCUAUUCCAACAAGGAAACUUUAUUGCAGUGAACAACUGGGCUGGAAAAUAAGCUCAACCGCUUAUGUAAGAAAAAUUUGACGUACAGUAUUUGAUUUAGAGGAUAUCCUGCCCAGUCCCAAGUGAAGACUGGGGAAAAGCUUCACAUUUUUGCAUUUUGUACAAAAACAUCUAAGUCCUGGCCUUUGGUGUAUUUAAGACAAGGGUGGGGAACCUCUAGCUUAUAUGACAAAUGAGGUCCUCCAGACCACCUAAUUUGACUCAUAAGACCAUUUUUGGCCAAUUAUACCAACCCAUCACUCUCCGGUUAUCAUAUGCUUCAGGUUUGAACAAAAAUGAUUAAGAACUUAGAAAAAAAUCAAACAAGUCGAAGGGUUUUUUGUGACUCUGUGUGUGUGUGUGUGUGUGUGUGCAUUCAUUCCAACAUUAUCAAACGAAUGAUAACAUUUUGCAUCAUGUUUUUAAGAUAAAUAGGAAUAACACUUUCUUGAAAGCAAGAGAGAGAAAACCAAGGCACUAAAGUAUGAAAUGAGAUAAAAUCCUAGAGAUCUCAUAAGUUUAUCAUCUGUAUUGUUUGGGUAACUUCUUUGUUUUGUAAAUAGUGGCUACAGCCUUGAAAGUUUGUAUCUGCAUUUUGUAGUUUUGAUUUGCUGGACAGGUAAACCCACGACUGCCAAGGAGCAACUGGGAAGUCACAGCUUAGAGUGCACUCCCAAUUAUUUAUUUGCUGCUGUUAAAAUUCAUUACCAAAUGCAAGUCCUGUUGAUUUCCAGUAGAAUCAGAUUGGCAAGUGGGGGGGGGUGGACAAAAGUGUUUCCCCACCUUAAUAUAAGAAUAUAUUCUCUUCUCUGCCUGGUGUAUCUGUUCCUCAUUUUUAUUCUUGCUUUCCUAAGUCUAACAUCCUUAUAGUAGCUCUGGGAAAAGAAAGCAUGUGUCUCGGGUUUAUAUAUCAUUCUCCCAGAUAAUUUGUAAAACCUCCUGCGAUAUUACUAAUUAUCAGACGACUCAGUAAUAUAUAGGAAAAUUAGCUACCUAUAGCACAUGAUUGGCUUUCAAAAAUAACAAUUACAGUUUUUAAUUUGUGGCAUUUCUGUUUGUAUGGCUAUUUUGUACAGCAAUCUGAAAAGCUAACAUUUUCUCUCCAAACUAGUGCAGUUUCUAAUAUGGGAGUGCUGUGCCCACACAGGUGCUGUUGUAGACAACACAAGUAAGAUACACACGAAUACUAAUUUGAAGACUUUUUCAUGUAUAGUUAACAGUAAACCAGUUACUACAGACAAGGUGUCAACGAUUACAAUCAGAUGCUACCCAACGUUGACAGAUGUUUCUGUACAUUCAUGCAUAUAACAGAAUAGACACAGUUAAAACCAAACAUUCAGCGGAAUCCAGCCAAUGGGCAUUCAGGGUGCUGUACAUGCUUAGCAUGGAUGGUCUAGACGUUUUGUGUCAGAGAACAGGACAUGUUUGUAUCAUCUAUUUAGUAUGCCAAGCAGAGCCAGGACUUUUAACAGGCAUUAACCCAUUAAGCAGAGACUCAUCAGGAAUUGCUACAAGUCUAGUAGUGCACUGAUUACAUGGCAGGAGUGUUGGACAAGUCACUGUCGUAGCUUAAAGCUACUUCACAGAGUUAUUGGAUCUAUAAAAUGAGAUGACAACAUUUUUGUCAUCUUGCGCUCCUUUCAAGGGGAGAAUACAAGCAGGCUCCCAAAGGUUGUAUUCUUAAAAUAGAAAGCCCUGAUAUUGACAAUCCAGAAUCGUAGACUCUGGAUUGCUUGUUUUCACGCAUCUGCUGGUCUUUUAAAGCUUAUGUUAGUCACUUUAAGGUGUUUAAGUAACAACAACUGCAUAUAUUCUUCAAAAGCAGAAAUAAACCAAAUGGAAUUGCUCUUAAUGGUGGUCGUUUUGCCAUUACAAAAAAUAAAAAAGAUCCCUCCUUUCUUUCCACUCUCCACUGCUUGGAAUUUAAAAUUGUGUUUGCACUUGCUGGAUGCUCAGCAAGAGAGAACUAGAAAAUUGCCCCUUUAUUUCUUAUCUCUUCAAUUUAAUCUUGUCUCCAACUUGCAUCAUACCAACAGUAAUUUGUUAGACUUUCAUUUGUUAUCAGAAUCAAAGUCACUUAAUGGCUCUAUAGUAAAGGAAGUGUACUCAAAACCCCAUUGUUUCUCUUAACUAAACUUAGGAGUGAAAGUUUCUACAGUUGCCUUGCAUAGCUGCAUUCUCAGAGAGCUUUUGAGAAGGCAGCACAGCUGCCGCCGAAAACUGAUUAACCUAAAGACCAUCAACAGUCUCAACCUUAAUUGAGUUGUUUGAAUUUUCAUAUUAAAAUGAGGUCUCCCCUUCAAAAUAAUUCAAACGCAUAGUAUCUCUCUCCAUCUUGGAACAGCAGAGUCUUUUUGUCUUCAAUUUCCUUUUUCCAAUCCCAAAAUAGAAAGGAUAUCUGCCUGUGCCAGACAGAAGGGCUGAAGUACUAAUCUAUGUUUAUCUCUUGUGAACUACUAUUGAAAACUUUAUUUUUAACUUUUUCUGUUAGUUUGUAACUGAUUCUUCUUAAUAGCUUACCUUCCAUAACUCUUACGUUAGCCCAGUCAAAAACCUACUCAGGUGGGAUCUUCAUUACCUUGUAAUGCAGCCCCUGUCUUGCAGCUUACUGGUCCUGUUUGAGAGGGAAAAUCAGAAAGCUGCAUCCAGUUGAAACUGCAAGGUGAAGAUGCGAGACCUUAAUGUACCAUAUUUUUCGCUCUAUAGGACACACUUUUUCCCCUCCAAAAAUUAAGGGGAAAUGUGUGUGCGUCCUAUAGAGCGAAUGCAGGCUGCGCGGCUAAGCCCAAAGCCAGAACAGGGAGACGGAGCGCUGCGGAGCGCUCCAUCUCGCUGUUCUAGCUUGGGGAUGGCUGUGCAACACCUCCGCAGGGGCCCUGCGGAGGCUCCAAAGGCUGUCCCCGAAGCCUGAAGCCUUUGGAGCGCAGCAGGAACUUGCGCUGCGUUCCAAAGGCUUCAAGGAUCUUUGAGGCUGGCGGUGGGGGAAAGCAGCGCUUCCCCCCACCGCCAGCCCCACAAGCCUGGGGGGCAGCGGGAAGGCGGCUUGCCACCUUCCCACUGCUCCCCGACCUGGUCUUUGGGGCUGGCGGUGGGGGAAAGCAGCACUUCCCCCCUACCGUCAGCCCCAAAGAGCAGGUCAAAAGGAACCUGAAGCCUCUGGAGCCCAGAGGGAACUCCCACCGCGCUCCAGAGGCUUCGGGUUGCCUUCACUGAAGCCUGGAGAGCAAGAGGGGUCAGUGCGCACCACCCCCUCUUGCUCUCCAGGCUUCCAAGGUAGCUGCCUGAAGCCUCCAGAGCGCAGCGGGAACUCCCGCUGCGUUCUGGAGGCUUUGGGUGAAUGCAUCUUGAACGCACCUUGUUUUAGAGGGGGAGAACAAGAAAAAUUUAUUUUUUCCUGUUCUCCCCCUCCUAUGGUCUGGUGCAUUCUAUAGAGCGAAAAAUACAGUAAUUAGAAGGUUGGUAUUUAGCCAGUUUUCCCCCCUGGGAGUCACAAAGUUCACCAAGACUAUAGAUGUCACUCUCUGCCUGUCAGGCCAGUGUGCUAGGCUAGAGCUUUCACUAUGGUGCUGAUACAGAAGACUGUCUGCGUACACAUCAUCACUUCCUGCAACAUCUUGGAUAUUUCCUUAGAACCACCGUUCCAGGGCUUGACCUGGGCCUGACCCUGCUUAGGUUGUCAGAUGUAUUCAUUGCCUCUGAAGGGUAUUCUGAACUGACUUGACAGUGUGAUAACGUCUUCCUAAGGAUUGGAGGAGUUUGUUGUUAAGAGCGGGCAAUAGUUAAUCACAGAGCUUUUCCUUUCUCCUUUUUAAAAGUUGCAACCAACUUUUUGCCUUGAACUCCACACUGCAGGUACGUACAUGCUCUUUAUCCCCUCUGGGGAAACAGGAUCUGAUGACAGCUGUAGAAAGUAUGGCGUGCUCAUUACGUGCACCCACCCUUCUCCUUGACAUUAUUAUAUUCAUCCUUGCUGUUUCAGGAUUUGGCUGCAUUUUCUUUUCCAGCCACCUUGAGAGAAGAACAGCUUUUGCUUGGAGGCUUGAGAUACGAAAAUUGGCAGCUGCCUUGUAUUUGAAUAAAGGGUAGAAUGCAGUCUUUAUCCCAUAGUGUAGCAAGUGGCUGUUGCUUCAUAGAAAACAAGUGGCAUCAUGUACCUGCGAGAUUCAGGAUGGAAUUAUGUGCAUUCUUGGCAAAUGUGUCUUCUCAAACUUGCUUUUUCUGAUAUAUGAAUGCAAGGUGAGAACAUUUAUAAGGGAGAAAUGUUGGGCAGGAGGCUGUAGUUCAUUCUGUGUGUCCCUGUUCUUUGUAAAUCCUCUACCCCCUGAAAUCCGUAAGUCAAGGUUAUUUCCUGUUUUCAGCCCUGUUAAGGGUAUAACUGAUCAAGAAGUCCUGGAGUACAUUUGCAUAGGAGAACAGGACGGGGGGGGCAUGUCUUCCAAUUCCCAUCUGGAAAUUCCCAUCUCCUUUUCUCUUUCCCUUGCAGCAUGAGUCUGCUCUCACAUGACAUUUAACAAUAGCAUUUAUUAUAUUCAUUGCACACUUAUAUGGCGGAAGACCCACUGAACAUAAUGGGACUUACUUUGAGUAGGAUUGCCCUGUAAAAUUGUUCAGAGCUUUUUUUCAUUGUCACAGUUGAGAAACCAUAACCCAAUCGUCCAAGCCAUAGUUUAGAGUAGUAAGGAGGUAACAUGAGGACACGCAUUCCCUUUCCUUGCAUGCCAGUUCCAUCUUCAGUUUGAUUUUCUUCCAGCCACAGUUUGCUGUGACAUUGAAUCAGGUAAGCAGGGUAGCACUAACUUCUAAAAUCAUGGUUUGAAGUGUAUUUGAAGUAGUUUGGAAGUUAGCAGCUGUAGUUUGUCUAAUUCUCACAGCUGGAGAAAACCUGUAAAUGGAGAAAGGGAUUGGGAUGUGAGGAGGAAGGAAGAGAGUGGAAGCCUGUGCCACAUUGCCAUCCUUCAAAAUCAUUGUUUGGAGGAUUAUCUAAAUUCACCUGUGAUCUCAGCAAUCCUUAAUACAACUCUGCAAUGUGGGUCCCUACUGUACUUUGCUGAAGAAAGCUGAGAGAGUGCGGCUUGCCCUAGGCUGCCGGGGGAGUUUGUGGUACAGUUUAUGUUGAAAGCCUAUAUCCAGAUGUCAUCAGCAACUUAUUAAUUUAUUUAUAAAAUGUAUUUAUAUACAGCUGUAUCAAAAAAAAAAUCGUAGCAGUCUACAGCAAUAUAAAAACACAUAAAACCAAAUGAGAACAUCGUAAAAGGUAAAAAAACAAGUUAAAAGCGAAAAGAAAUUAAAAACAAACAUCAGUAGACCAUUGUGGGGGAUGCAAUCUUAAUUGCCCAGCAGAACAGAAAAGUUUUCAGCAGGAAUUUAAAAGUUGGCACAGAAGGCACUCUCUGAAUCUCUAAUGGUAGGGUAUGGGGCUGAUGACACGAAAGGCUUGAUUUCUCACUGUUGUCAAACAAGCCUCACCAGCUCAGGAGUGACCAAAGACACUCCUUCAGAUGAUCUCGGUGAUCAAGCUGGAAUAUAAGGGUUCUGGAGAUCCCUGAGGUAUCCUGGAACCAUCUUGUUCAGGGUUUUGUAAAUCAGUACAAGAACUUUGAACCUGGCUCGGUAGCAGAUGGGCAGUCAGUGCAGCUGUUUUAACAAUGGUGUCACGUGUUCGUGACCAGAAACUCGCAUCAGCAGUCUGGCUGCAGCAUUCUGCAGCAGCUGAAGCUUCUGAACCAAGGGCAGCCCCACAUAGAGCGCAUUACAGUAAUCUAGCCACAAGGCUACAGUGGUCAGUCUAUCCCUGUCCAGGAACGGCCGUAGUUGGCAAACUAGAUGAAACUGGUCAAAGCCACAGAAUAAACUUGGGGCUCAAAUGACAAAGGUGUAUCCAAGGAUUGCAACCCCAUCCAGAACGGGUAGCUCGCCAGUUUCCCAAACAUGGGUACCAUCUGCCUAAAGAGCCGCCUUCUUUCCAGGAUUUAAACACAGUUUAUUGGCCCUCAUCCUGUCCACCAAGACACUGUUCCAAAGCUUUCACAGCCUCUCCUGAGUCAGAUGUUAUAGAGAAGAAGAAUACUGCAUCAGCAUACUGGCAUCAGCAUACUGGCAAUACUUCGCUCCAGAACUCCUAAUGACCACACCCCACAGCUUCAUAUAGAUAUUAAAUACCACUGGGGAAAGAAUUGUACCCUGCAGAACCCCAUAGCACAAAUGCCAAGGGGCUGAGGAACACUCACCCAGUGCUGCUGUCUGGACACAACCUUGAAUACAGUUAUACCUUGGCUCCCAAACGCCUUGGGAGUCAAACGUUCCGGCUCCCAAAUGAUCAAAAACCGGAAAUGAGUGUUCUGGUUUUUGAACUUUUUUGGGAAGCUAAAUGUUCGGCACAGCUUCCGCUGUUGUUUCUGGCAUGCCUGCACAAUUGGGAACCAAUCGGAAGCCGCACCUUGGUUUCUGAACUUUUCGGAAGUGGAAUGGACUUCCGGAAUGGAUUCCGUUUGACUUCUGAGUAUGUCUGUGUAUGAAUGGAAUCACUGUGAUAUACUUAUUGGGAUCUCACACUCAACUGUUUGCAGUUAACUGCCACGAUCUUUUUUUAGUUGACUUAACCAAAGUGAUGCAGGCUGAUGUUUUUGGUUUCUUCGCUUCCCCACCCCAACUGCUUUGCCAUGAUAAAGGGAAUAUUGGAGUUAUUUUAAAAAAUUGUUCUAGAGAAUGAGUUGCUGCUUCAGAUAACUUCUUGGUACUGUACUAAAGCUUAUUGAUGGCUUUCAAGUUUCCCCAUAACAGGCAGGGUGCCGGGUCUUUCGCUGCAGAUAGCAGUUUGAAUCGUGCCUUUGUCAUUGAUAUUCAACCCAGCUGUUCAGUAUCUUACAGGAAACGAACCUGUCCUUUUCAGGGGUUGAUAGUGGGGGGUGGGUUUGUUUAAUGGGAGGUGUUUUGCAUGGUAGUACAUUGAUACAUGUGGGACGCGGGUGGCGCUGUGGGUAAAAGCCUCAGCGCCUAGGGCUUGCCGAUCGAAAGGUCGGCGGUUCGAAUCCCCGCGGCGGGGUGCGCUCCCGUUGCUCGGUCCCAGCGCCUGCCAACCUAGCAGUUCGAAAGCACCCCCGGGUGCAAGUAGAUAAAUAGGGACUGCUUACUGGCGGGAAGGUAAACGGCGUUUCCGUGUGCUGCGCUGGCUCGCCAGAUGCAGCUUUGUCACGCUGGCCACGUGACCCGGAAGUGUCUCCAGACAGUGCUGGCCCCCGGCCUCUUAAGUGAGAUGGGCGCACAACCCUAGAGUCUGUCAAGACUGGCCCGUACAGGCAGGGGUACCUUUACCUUUACCUUUACAUUGAUACAUACAUACACACACACACACACACACACACACACACACUGAAAUUCUCAACAAAGGGCCCAUAUCUCAGCAGAUUUGCUUCUCUUGCACUUAAAGAUAGUCUGGCGGAACAGAAACAAAUUAGCUGAAAAGAAUGCCUUGAUAGUCAGUGUCCAGCAUGGGAUAUUCUGAAGCACUGAUAUUUAUUAAAAAAUAUCUUUCUAAAUGCUUUAUUUUGCAGUUGGCUGAUUGAGGUAGCUAAGCCCACAUAUAUUUUCAGUAGUUCAUACAUGUAUUGGGAAAGUGCAUCAGUUUGAGAGAUUCUCCAAACUGAAUUUACUGAAGAGUCCUUAAGUAUGGGAGUGUUUUCUAUAAAGAGUAGCUAUGAGUGAGAGGCUUGUCUUAUUCCUGGUGGCAAUAUAGAAUUAUAGGAACUAGGAACUGAAUGAGUCAUUCUUUUAUGGAUUUUAGCAGAUGGGAAAUCUGAGAACAUAACAGUAAAUGUUGGACAUGUAGUCUUGGCCUAUUUGUGUUCAAAACGUUCUGUAAUGUUACUGGUCCUGCUUUAAAGCCAGGUUCAUCUUGGUGAAACUUUGGAGCAAUCUGGAGUCCCAUCUCAGGGUAGUGGGACCACAAGUUGUGCUUCGGCUGGGAGUUUGCUAACAAGAGCGUUCUUUUUCUGUGUCUCUUCAGCUUUAUUGUGUGAGUGCAACGAAUGCAACCAAGGCAACACUACAUGUGAAACAGACGGAGCCUGCAUGGUCUCAAUAACAAAUGUGAAUGGGCUGAUGCAUCAUGUCCGAACCUGUAUCCCUAAAGCCAAGCUGAUACCUGCUGGAAAACCCUUCUUCUGCCUGAGUUCAGAAGAUGUGCGCAAUACACACUGCUGCUAUGAAGACUACUGUAACAAAAUUGAUCCUCUGGUACCCAGUGGUAAGUGAGCUGAAGGGAAGAGUGCAGUGUGUGGGUCUCUUAAAAUACAAUUUUUGAAACGCCUGAUUUUAUUCUUGGUGCUGUGCUUGCUAAAUCCAGCAGCAGUAUUUCUCCUUUUUGUUUUAUAAUACCAACUCAAAGGAUCAUGGGGGUAUUUUAUUUUUUACUUAUUUGGGUGUGUAUUUUUUAAUUGCUAAUAUUUAUUGACCAUUCUUCAAACAUGGCUGUCAGAGCACAACAUCCAUUUCCCACAUAAGAGGAUGAGAAAACCAUUCUUUUUUUCGCAGCUCUCACUUUUUUCCCCUUUGGAAGUUGGGCUGGAUAGAUGAGCAAUACUGCAUUCUGAAAUAGUAGGGUACAGGCAGAUUUAGUAUCCUUCCUCUUUUUAUGAGUUUGGUAGGAGAGCACACAACCAUGGAAUAUGUUUUUUGAAAAUUAUGCAGUAAAAGUUCACAAAAUGGGGUGGGCUAAAUAGUGGUUUUGCUGUCACUAAUGGCAUUGUAAAUACAUGCCCAUGACCCUUGUACAACCACAUUCCAUUUUUAGAAAAGCCAAAAGCAACAUAUGCACUAUUUUGAAAGCCAGCACCACAUUCUUAGUGACACAAUUUUGGAGGUUGCGUAGAGGGAAAAUGUGAUUAGCCCCACAACAGAAUCCAGUCUCAAGGGAAAUUAUUUAUGCCAGGGGUAGGCAACCUAAGGCCCGGGGGGGCGGAUGUGGCCCAAUCGCCUUCUCAAUCCAGCCUUGGAUGGUCCGGGAAUCAGCAUGUUUUUACAUGAGUAGAAUGUGUCCUUUUAUUUAAAAUGCAUCUCUGGGUUAUUUGUGGGGCCUGCCUGGUGUUUUUACAUGAGUAGAAUGUGUCCUUUUAUUUAAAAUGCAUCUCUGGGUUAUUUGUGGGGCAUAGGAAUUCGUUCAUAUAUUUUUUCCAAAAUAUAGUCCAGCCCACCACAUGGUCUGAGGGACGCUGGAUCGGCCCAGGGCUGAAAAAAGUUGCUGACCCCUGAUUUAAGCUGUGUAUCAGAGGGGCAACAGCCAUAUUAAGAAGCUGAUUGGUUAGGUUUAUUAAAUUUAUAUACCACUUACUGCUCCAAAAUGUCCUGAAAUGAUUUACUACCGGAAUGAAAAUACAAUAACAUAAGUGUAUUAAAUAUAUAAUUAUAAUACAGAUAUCCAGUCAUUUGUUCUGCCAAAAUGUCUAGGAAAAUGCAAGCGUCUUUGCCUGGCACCAAGACAAUGAAAAAGUUUAUGCCCGGCAGGUCUCCUUGGGGAGAGCAUUCCAUAGAUAGGCAGCUGCUACACAAAGGGUCAUUCUCUUGUCGCCACCCUCUGGACCUCCCUUAGAGGUGACACACACAAAAAGGCCUCUGAUGUUGAUAUAGGGAAGACAGUCCUUUUGGUAUACAGAUCCUGAGCUGUAUAAUGCUUUAAAUGUCAAAAUUGCCACCCUCUUGAGAUUGGGCAGUUCCAAAACCAGAGCUGAACCUGUUUUUCGUCUGGAACUUGUAAUAUCAGGAUUCUGAUAAACGUUCUUGGAACACUGUUAUUAAACUGUAUGAUGAUGGCUUGAAAAAGUUAAUUCAAACUUUGACAGAAAUCAAGCCUUGAUAGUUCACCUACCUAGUUUUUAUCUGAUUUUCACCAGAAAUACAUAGGGAAUGAAGACUUCAUUUCCUGAGUGUUUCUGGUGAAAGUCAGAUAAAAACUUCUGAUUUAUUUAUUUAUUUUGCUUUUCAGUUGCAGUAGAGAGUGAUUAACCAAAGGUGGGGAUUUUGUUUUUAAAUUAGUAAUUUAAAUAAAAAAUUAGGUUUAUGUGCACACUUACAGUAGCUAUUUUAUUCUUACAGCUGUAUACUCUGAAGGCACCUGAGCCUGAUAUAGUUUCUUAACUGGGAUUUUUUUGAAUUCUUUAUUUGGUUUCAUAUUAGUGACAUUGUAUUUAAUAUGUUUAGAAUUUUUUUUCUUGAUACCAGAGUUUGAUUGGAAUUUUAUUUUGCUCUUUUGAUAUGCGUCUGUGAUUGUAUCCAGACUGUGCUUUUAUUGUGUUGUUCUCUUGACGGAAAAUAAUAAAAUAUAAAUUGGGGGGCGGGGGGAGGGAAUGGAUAGGAACAGUUAGCAUUAUAAACACAGAUAUUACGUGGAACAGCCAAACAGGUUUGAGCACACAUAUCCUGCUAGAUUUUCAUUUAAAUACCUUAUCCGCCCUUUGGCAUAUUCACAGCUAUGCAAGUUUUAGCACCCUGUUUAGGGCCUAGACAGGAGUUAAAUUAUGCAUGAAAUUCCUUGAUUGUAUAUUAGACCCUCUCACUUGAAUGCUGCUUCACAGGCUUUUGAUCCAGGGUCUAGACAACUCUCAUAUGACGAAAGCUUACAUUGUUUGGGGCUUUUUAGCUUCGACUAAAGGUAAGGGGUUACAGGAUAAGAGGUUUAUAAAAUUGUGCAUGGUGUAGAGCAGUGUUUCCCCAACUUGGGUCUCCAGCUGUUUUUGGACUACAACUCCCAUCAUCCCUAGCUAGCAAGAUCAGUGGCCAGGGAUGAUGGGAAAUGUAGUACAAAAAAACAACAACUGGAGACUCAAGUUUGGGAAACCCUGGUGUAGAGUAAGUAGAUGAAAAAGGGUUUUUUUCUCUUUCUUAAAUCUAGACUGCAGGAUCAUCCAAUGAUGCUUAAUGGUAGGAAAUUUGGGACAAACAAAAAGUGCACACAGCACAUAGUUAAAUUAUGGAAUUCACUGCCAUAAAAUGUUGUGGUGGCCACCAACUUGGAUGGCUUUAAAAAGGAAUUAGCCUUGUCAUCCAUGAAUUUACCUUUCGGUGUUUAGUAGUCAUGAGGGCUCUAUACUGUUUUCAAGGUAGCUUGCCUGCAAGGACCAGUUCAGACCGUAGGUGUCUGGUUUGCUACUUUGGGAAACAGGAUGAUAGGCUGCCCGGCUGCUCUUCUGUUCUUAUUUGCAGAGGGUGAAAAGUACACGUGAGAAUCCCUUUGGCUCCCCCUCGUGACAUCAAGUUCCAUUGCAACUCAUUGUUCCUGUCAGAUCAUAGAGAGCCUGUCUGCAUGGCAGACCUGACAGAAAAGCAAUGUGUUUGUAAAACUUGGGGAUUAAGGUUAAUGCAUAUUUACUGUGCCUUAAAUUCUAAUGCUAAACCACACCAUGGCUUAGCACAAAUGCAUGAGCGUGAGGGUUCCUAUGUGAGCUAAAGCAUGGUUUGACUUAGUGUGUCUGCUGAACCUGGACUCAUGGCUAGUCCCACUCCAGACAAACCAUGAAUUGUGCGUCUCUCCCCCCCCCCCCGGAAGUUUAUUUUGUAAUUAGAAAGCAUAUGUAAAUUUACACACAAACCACAAGGUUUGUUCUUGAGUUUAUAGCUUAUGGAGGAGAUAAACCACAAGCCCAGAUUUGGACAACACAUUUGGCCAAACCAUGGCUUAGAUCUGGGUAGUGCAGCAACAGGAAGGAAGGAAGACACAGGCUGCAAUCUUUUCUCCAGGAAACCACACACUUGUGUGUUUCCACUAAACUAUGGUUUGGCUUAGAUUGUCUGCACACCAUACAUUUAAAGCACAUUAUUUGCCCUGGAGAAUCCUGGAAAUUGUAACGCUGUGAGGGGUAAACUCAUUUCCCAGGAUUGCUGGGGAAAGUCAUGUGCUUUAAAUAUAUGGUGUGUAUGCAGUCCAAGACUUAUGUGUGAAUUAACUUAAAGCAAAACAUUUGGGUUACAUAAUUAGGAAAGAUGAAGAGGGACUAUUUUCUCAGCUAUGGAAGUUAUGCUUAAUACGCUUAGCCUGCAUAUCUACUAUGGACUCAACAGCUUUAUGUUCUGUUAAGUAGACAAUUGCUGCAUGUUGGAGUGAAGUUUCUGCUUAUGCAAGUAGUUUCUGACUUUCAUAAAACAUCAUAACAGCAAAAGCCACACCUGAGAAGCGCCUUCCUUCCAUAUAGUUACUUAAGGCCUAAGAGAGCUUUCUUUCAAUAGAAGUGAGCAAAUUUUCAUGAUUCCGGGAUUUUAAAAAGGGAGUCAAUUUGAGUAAUAAGCAGUAAACUCUUGAGAGGGGAUAAAGGAGAUGCUGGAUAAGUCCAUGGAAGUAGCUUAUGUUACUUUGAAGCAAUGCUUGUCUUCUUAUUUUGCAUCAACAUUCCAUUAGUUGUCUCUAUCAGUGUGAGAAGAGACUUCUGAAAACCUAGAGACUGAAAACAAAAAUCCCAUUCAUUUAGACUUUCUUUCAGUAUUAUAGUGGCCUGAUUCAGAUAUAAUGCUGAACCCUGAUUUAGUGUUAUGAGCAAAAGCCUCCUCCUACCUUCCAUUUUCUCCUAACCGCAGUUUGUUUUAAUUCAGAUGAAAUGACAAACUGCAGUUGGUUGAAAACAAGGAGGGGAUUCUCAUGGUCUCUGCGAUGGAGGAAGGGUGCACAUCCUCAGUGUAACCAGUGUAAAUUCCUGCCAAUAUCUUUCAUCUCUCUUUGCUCCAUACCUUUGGUUUUCAUCAUCACAGACCUUUCUGCACACUUUUAAAAUACAAUCUAAAAUUAGUGCAUGCAUGCUGGUUUUGAAUUUGAAGGUGAAACGUUUGUUCUUUGUCUCUCCUCAAGGGCAUCGGAAAGAUGACGAAACACCUUCUGGCUGGGGACCUGUGGAGCUUGUGGCUGUGAUUGCAGGCCCAGUGUUCCUUGUCUUCGUCAUUUUGAUCAUAGUGGUUUUUGUCUUUCACCACCACCAGCGAGUAUAUCACAAUCGUCAACGGCUGGACAUGGAAGAUCCAUCUUGCGAGAUGUGUCUAUCCAAGGACAAAACCCUUCAAGAUCUAGUGUAUGAUCUGUCUACCUCUGGCUCUGGCUCAGGUACAAAUGCCUUCCUUUUUAUGCAACAUUUUGUUUUUAAAAAAUGUUGCUAAGCUAUGUUAUAUGGCUCUAAUAUUAGUAAAAAUGCAGUAUGUUCACCUUACUAUGUUUUUAUAUAUGCUGUAAGCCACCCGAAGUGACUGGGAAAACCCAUCCACAGGGGCAAGGUAUAAAUAAUAAAAUUACUAUUAUUAUUAAAUCAUUUUCUUUAAUAUGAUGGAAUUCUGAAACCAAUUCUCCCUCUUAGUGUUGCAGUUUAAACAAUAGGUGCUGAAAGCAAGUAGCAAGUGGCCCUAAAUUGGCUGCUGUUCUCGUCUGGAGUAGGCAUUUGUUAUGAAGUUAAAGAAGAGAGCGCUUUCUUCCUCAAAGUCAAGUUCUCAGCAGUUAUUUUCCUUUCCCUUCUGUUGCACAGCAGGGGUAAAAAUGGGCAGGAAAGGAAGGAUGUGCCUUUGCUCCACUUCCUUAUGUGCUGCAAUAGGUGCCCAUGUGACUUAUCACCUUCCCAGUAUAGAUUAUAGUUCAAAUCAGGCCUGGCAUAGCUGCAUUCACAUCUGCUGCAUAUCUUUGGCACAAGUUAGCAUAUCAUUUAGAGUAUUCAAAAUGCUUCUCAGUAUCUCAGUAAUUGCCAAUGACAUACAGGAUAGAUUGACAGUGUCCCCAUUUUGCACACAGGACUGACUGAGGUUGAGCAAUGGGCAAGCCGCAAAUAUGGUACCCAUAUUGUACCCAUUGCUAAAAUGGAAUCUGAAUUGAGAAUGUGCCAGUUUUCUACUCAUAGCCACCACAAGGGACACUGAAGUCAUAAAUGGAUUGCCUAUAGCAUGGUCAGAUGCAAAAGAGGCAGGGUUCCUGCACGACAAAUGACAAUUGCUGAAAUUCCCUCUUCACGUCUGUUUUAAAGCUGAAGGAACCUGUUCUCUUUUGCACAUGGCCACCUUAAGGGGCUCUUGAGUACUUAAAGCCAAGCCACUUUGGCUUCCUGUCCUAUGGGAUCUUCUUCAACACUUCCCUUUCUUACUGCAUGGGUAUUCUGCUUACAAACCCUGUAAGUGGAAGCCCUGUGGAAGGGCUUCCACUUGUGCAACAGGUUUUUCCCAUAUGUGUGACCCCCCAAAUUGGCUCGGGGGUCAGGAGAACCCCAGAAUGGCAUACAGAUGGAGAGUAAGGGGGUUGUUCUGCCUGGCAUUAGACAGAACAUUCAGCAUAGCACAAUGUUGAAUUCAACCCUUUCUUUCUGCAUAUUGAGCAUUGUCAGCCAGCCACAAUAGCAAAGGCCAGUUGUGCACAUAGGGCUGCAGACUCAGGCUCCUGUUUCAGUGACGUGGCUGCUAUGCUUCUUUUGAGGACAUCCACACUUUGGAUCUUUAGAAGAUAAUUGCUGCAUCAGGCCCUAAUAAGAGCAGGAAAUCUUUGAUUUGGACUCUUGAAUAUGUCGUAAUCAAACUUUCUUCUUUAUACUGGCUUUGUCUUCCCUAUCUCUAAUUUAACUUUUUGCUGGCAGGUUUGCCGCUCUUUGUCCAGCGCACUGUGGCUCGGACAAUUGUCCUGCAGGAAAUAAUCGGCAAAGGUCGUUUUGGGGAAGUGUGGCGUGGCCGGUGGCGUGGCGGCGAUGUAGCUGUGAAAAUCUUUUCUUCGCGGGAAGAGAGAUCCUGGUUCAGAGAAGCCGAGAUCUACCAAACGGUCAUGCUGCGCCAUGAGAAUAUUUUGGGGUUUAUCGCUGCAGACAACAAAGGUAUCGUGCUGCUUCUGCAUUCCAGUAAACAAACCAGAGUUACAGAUUGUAUUUUAAAAUAUUGCUUUGUGCUAUCUGCAGUCUACAUUAUAGUUUCAUGGCGAUGUUGAAGCCUUUGUGUCUGUUGACUGCGCUGAUGUGUCAUCCUGAAAUGUUCGUGAAUGCCUUAAGUGCUGAGAGACAAAGCAGCAACACAGCACAAUUAUUUUUUUACUGUUUUUGGUGAGAGGCCAGUUUCGAUAGGGCUAAAACCUCACACUGACUCUGGCGGAGGAAGAAAGGCAAAGAAACUAGAAAGCUAAAGGAUUAUGGGCAAGGGAGGCAUACUGUUGUCUUUCUGUAUCUUAAGGCUUCCAUAAGACAAAAUUCAGCUGGGGCAGUUCUCCCCUCCUCUUCCUGCCCCCCAUAUCACAAUGAUACAAUAAUAGACACUCCACCUGGUUCAAUCUUCCUUUCUGAUCAAUGAUAUGAGGCACAGGGCCACUCUCAGGGUCUUCACCUGGAAAAUUCAAGGGAGUCAUCAUGAAGCACUCAAAGAGUUGAAUGUGAAAAAUCAAUUUGGGCUGACCAGAUGGGAGGAGAGAGAGCUCAACCUUGGGUGAGUUAACUCUAGACCCAGGUGUGGGGAACCUCUGGCCCUCCAGAUGUUUCUGGACUACAACUUGCAUCGACCCUGACCAAUGGCCGUGCCAGCUGAGGCUGGUGGGAGUUUGAGUCUGACAGCAACUGGAGGGCCGCAGUUUUCUUACCCCUGCUCUAAGUUGAGCACAGGAAACUGCAGCAGUGGCUAGCAGAGCAGCUCUGAGUAUCACUUUGCCUAUGUCUGUCCAUGACAGGGGCAGCUUUGCAUUUGGCUGGUGGUGGUUCAAGCGUAGAGCAACCAGAACCAUCCCUCUCCCUCUUGCAGAUGGGCAACAGUCACAGCCUUUGGCUUCUGAUUGCUAACUGUCGUAACAAAGCGGAAUUGGUCAUUGGCGUAAUUUGAAUAUGUGCAGAGUUCAGAUGUAUUACACUGGCACACUUCCCAAGCAGCAUGUGACAUUCCCCCUUCAAAAGGUUUUUCAAAUUCAGCUAGUUCAAAUAACUCCCUUCUCAAAACUGAUUUUAUUGCAGACCACUGUACAAGUAACUUUUCCCGGGCCUUCAGAAACAGUUAACCUCACACACUGUGAGGGCUCCUGCCUUUUGACUUUCACCAGCUUCUAGUUUUGUGACUGGCUCAUUUAUUAGUUUUUCUGUGAGAGUGUUCAAGCAAAACCCCCCUUGGCGUGGCUUGGGGCUAAGUAAGCCCUAGGAGUUCAUUCAUGGCAAAGUCAUCUGACUUCCUCUGUUUCUGUCCAAGCUGUUCAGUUUCUCAACCUGGAAAACAUACCCAGCCCAUCACAGAUGCUUCUGCUGCUAUAGAAAUCACUUAAGCUUAGUGCGCUUUUUAAAAUUCAUGUCUCUGUACCAGCUUGGAUAUUGCCAGUUUUGAGAAACAGCUCUUGCAUUACAGACCUGAUCCUGCGCCUCUCAUGCAAAAUUGAUAAUCUUAACAGGAAACGAAGGUUAACAGUUGCUCUUAUUAGUAGCUAUUAAAGAGUAUUCAUUGUCUGAUGAUGCCAAGGAGCGCUGGAAUAAAAUGAGUUGCUUUCAAGUGUAUGCAGUGUUGUGUGUGCGUAUGUGUGCUUGGCCAUUGGGGACACCAGUCGUUUGCUCCUGUAAUGCCACAACAAUGUGCUUCACUUUGGAGCUGUUUAUACAGCAGGAGUAAAAGAACGUUGCAUGUGAUAUAUCACACACUGUCUUCUCUUGACAGCCAAGUCAGGCAGCUUCAGGGAUCCGUCCCUUUCCUAGGGCUGGGCGAUAUCUGGUUUUCAACAUUGUUAUAAACAUCGCGAUAUACCUAUAUAUCACAACGUCUGGAAUAUGAAUGGAGCUACGUAGAGGCAUUGGCUGGCUUCACGGUUUUCCCACAUUAGAAAGACUUUAGAAAACCAUCAGUCAAGGAUGAAGGAAGUCUUAGGCUAUGAUAGCCAAAAAUUUCGAAAUGAUGUUUAAAAGGAUGAUAUGCUGGAAAAUAGUGUAAAAACCAAUAAAAAAUUGUUGAAACGGAUAUUGGUGAUCAACUUAGAGUGUACAAAGUAAGGCAUCGUAGGACUGAGUGAUUCAGGGCUUUGUAUACUACUAGCACAGCAGCCUUGAACUUGACCUAGUAGACCCCAUAGUAAAUGUCUGCAAACAUAUUCACGCCGGAUAGCUCCGUUAGAGCGUGGUGCUGGUAACACCAAGGUUGCAGGUUUCAACUGCAUAUUCCUGUAUUGCAGGGGGUUGAACUAGAUGAUCCUUUACAACUCCACAAUUCUGUUAUUCUAUACGGUAAACAGAUUUUUCUCAACUGUUCCGCCUUUUGUUGUAUAUGCUACCUGCUGCUCUUCAAUGAAUUCUAGCGCAAAAGUAUGGCUGCCGUUUUCUUCACCCUUUUGAUGGGCCCUUCUUCCGUUUGCCUUGCCAACAGAUAAUGGCACUUGGACUCAGUUGUGGUUGGUCUCUGAUUACCAUGAGUAUGGCUCUCUGUUUGAUUACCUCAACCGAUACACUGUAACCAUCGAGGGGAUGAUUAAAUUGGCUCUGUCCGCUGCCAGUGGACUAGCACACCUGCACAUGGAAAUUGUAGGAACCCAAGGUAAGAAACAGGUUUGACAGAUGCACAUUUUACAGAGGUCGUUUAGGAAGCGACAGGGCUUCUCUUAAGACCAGCAUAAACCGAGGAAGACGAAGUAGCUCAUUCUUUAGAUGAAAGCAGGAAGAAAGUUUAAGUCGGCUGGUAAUGAGACUAGUAGAAUUUAGGGUAAAACAAGUAAGCAACCUGUAUAAACCACAAUUCCCUACAUUAGAAAUCAUGAAAAACUGUAGUUUGAGAUGAUCAGGAUUGGUUUCCCAAGGAGUUACCGUUCCAGUGCUUGUUCAUAUCUGCUAAACUAUCCUUUUAACAAUGUAUAUCUGCACAAGGCCACUAUCCUAUCUACUGGCUCUUGCACUGAGUCUGAUAAGAGAUCUUGUUUAUUUCCUUCAUAGUUAACACUUUGUAGUUUGUAGUUUUAACACUGACUGAGCUUUGUGGCUUUUGUGGUGCUGUCUGCUCCUUUUUGGACUUUAUUAUUGGCAAAUAAUUUUAUCAUUACACCGAAGGACAAUUGUAGGAUUCUCUUUCAUUGCGUUUUACUAGGAAAACCUGGGAUUGCUCACCGGGACUUGAAAUCCAAGAAUAUACUGGUGAAGAAGACUGGAACUUGUGCCAUUGCUGACUUAGGUCUGGCUGUCCGCCAUGACGCUGUUACUGAUACAAUUGACAUAGCCCCCAAUCAGAGGGUUGGAACAAAGCGGUAAGAAAAUGGUGGCUCAGCUGAUCAGGGGUUCAGUGUUGACGGCUUUGGGUGAAGAGCCAAAAAUACGACCCAAAGUUGUUGCAGUUGCUUCAUCUAUAGCAGGGCUGCCUGACCAUUUUUGGCCAAAUGGCUACAUUGACCCUUGUCCAACCGCCAAGGGGCAGUAUACCAAUGGCGAAUGUGGUCACCCCAUGCUCUCUGUCACACACAAAUCGGGCUUACAGAAUUCACACACAUGAGACACACAGAGAUACGGAGGUGAGGGACACAUAGCCCUCAGCUGAUCAACGUAGAUGAGCUGUGAAGUGAGGCUUUCACUCCCUCCCUGCUCAUUGAAUGAUGGAGACCAGGGAGAAAUUUAAACUUCUCUGCCCAUCCCAGUUCUGUUUUACCUGAGUCCCGUCCCUGACGGCUGCCCAAAUUGGUGUGUCUUUGGCCAGAAAAUUUUACUUGUGGUUGGGGAGAGAGGAUUGGCUCAGGCUAGGGCUGACCGGUAUCUGGUUUUCAGCUUCGUGAUAUCACCAGCUAAGCAUUGCAAUAUACUGAUAUGUCACAAUGUGUGAAAUUAGAGGCAUUGGCUGGCUUCACGGUUUUCUCCGCAUUGUGAUUUUUGCAUAGCGUGCGUACACGCACACACACAAAUAAUCAUAAUUUGUUAUAUAUUGCCAGGUCAAAAAUUAUAAAACAGAUAUGGGUUUUAAUCCAGUUUUGGACAAUUUUUUGAUGUAUCACCCAGCCCUAGCCUAGGCUAGCUGUUGACAAACCCUGGUUUAUAUUUUCUGUGCUUUUCUCCUAGAUCAGACGCUUGCCAAGUGCUAACUGAUUUGUUUUGCCUACAUGCAACAUUAGGCUUAGACAUUUGACCAGUUGAAAACAUUUUUUAAUGCAUUAACUUCAUUAGAACCCCCCCCCUUUUUAGUCACCAGCAGAUUUGUUAUUAAUGUUAAUGAUAAAAACAAAUUAGUUAACUGCUUGUUUGACUGCAGUAAUCUGACUUUAACAAUAGCUGGACACCUAGCGCAAGAAUUCAACAACUGCUUCUCUGUACUGUUCGCGUGAAUCCCAUACUCAGAAGAGCAGAAUUUGCACUGCGCUUUUAUCUGUGAUCACCCCCCCCACACACACACACACAAAUACUCUCAAGCAAUUGGGGAUGACUUACAGUAGUGUUUCAUGCAUUUUACUUCAACUAUUGUUCUCAGUUGUUUCAACAGCUUUUUUAUUUUUUUAGACGUGAGUAGUCUCUCGAGCAUUUUGGGGAGGUGGCAGAAACAAUGGGCAUCAUUUUGAAAUUGUUGGAAAGUGCUGGACAUGGCUUCUCACAUCAUUUCAUUCACACACACACACACACACACCCUCAAGAGGACAUUGUGUGUGUAUAGAUUUACAACAAAAUACAGUGGUGCCCCGCAAGACGAAUGCCUCGCAAGACGAAAAACUCGCUAGACGAAAGGGUUUUGCGUUUUUUGAGUCGUUCCGCAAGACGAAUUUCCCUAUGGGCUUGCUUCGCAAGACGAAACGUCUUGCGAGUUUGUUUCCUUUUUCUUAAAGCCGCUAAGCCGUUAAUAGCCGUUAAGCCGCUAAUAGCCGUGCUUCACAAGACGAAAAAACCGCAAGACGAAGAGACUCGCGGAACGGAUUAAUUUCGUCUUGCGAGGCACCACUGUAUGAACUGAACAUUAAGCUCCGCCCCCUGCUGCUCAUGUCAUUUUGAGGGUUGUUUUUUUUUUUUAACGUAAAGGCAAUAAUUACUUAUUUUAAAAAAUAAUAAUUUCUGUCAGAAUGUGCAGUUCAGUUGAAUGGGCUUUCAAACAAGGGGCCUGCCCUGAAAAUUGUGGUUCUUGAGCCAUAGUUACAGCAAAUGAUACUUCUGUAUUACUCUCAGAUACCAUAAUAGUAUUAGAUUUUAGCCACAAUAGAUGUCAUAGUAAUUAAUGUGAUUUGUUCUUAUUUUGAUUCAGCUACAUGGCUCCCGAGGUUCUGGAUGAAACAAUUAACAUGAAGCAUUUUGAUUCAUUUAAAUGUGCUGAUAUCUAUGCCCUGGGACUAGUUUAUUGGGAAAUUGCUCGGAGAUGCAACUCGGGAGGUAAUGGCUUUCUUUUUCUUUUCUUUGCAUAGAAAUUAAGAGGGUUUCUGCCUGCUCCAAAUGUUGCAAUAAAACAGUGCCAUCCGAAUGCAGAGAAAUUUUUAAAAGGAUGUAGACUAGAGAUGUAAUUAGGAGGAGCAUGGGAGCUCUGCCCGUCUUGUUUGGAGAAGGAAGUAGUCUUGCUGAUUCAGAAGAUCACGUUGUUCCCAUUGACUCAGCAUUUUAAUCAGACUCUCACUAAUGGGUUUGGUGGGGAUUAUUGACAUGUCUUUGGUGGGUGGAGUCUCUGUUCUAGAUGACUUUUAAAAUGGUUGUUCCUGUUUUCUUGGAUGCACUGAGUCAUUAACAUGAAGUAUUAAUCAACAUCACCUGACCUCAUCUGAGUUCACAUGUGCAUGUUUGGUAAUUCAUAUAUUGGUAUAUUUUGUUUCAGAAAAGUUUCAAGAAUGUGCUGGUCACUCUGUGUGCUAUUUUGAUGGUCACGUAGUGGGCAUUAUAAUUCAGAUUCCCCCCCCGUUGUAUUCUUUGUCAUGGACUGAGGAAAGCUGAUUGCUUCUCCAAUUAUUGGGUGUCUUAAUAGGUGAUGAAGGGACGCGGGUGGCGCUGUGAGUUAAACCACAGAGCCUAGGACUUGCCGAUCAGAAUGUCGGCGGUUCGAAUCCCCGCGACGGGGUGAUCUCCCGUUGCUCGGUCCCAGCUCCUGCCAACCUAGCAGUUUGAAAGCACGUCAAAGUGCAAGUAGAUAAAUAGGUACCGCUCCAGUGGGGAGGUAAACGGCAUUUCCGUGCGCUGUUCUGGUUCGCCAGAAGCGGCUUAGUCAUACUAGCCACAUGACCCGGAAGCUGUACGCCGGCUCCCUCGGCCAAUAAUGCGAGAUGAGCGCCACAACCCCAGAGUCGGUCACGACUGGACCUAAUGGUCAGGGGUCCCUUUACCUUUAGUAGGAGAUGAGAAAGAACAGGGAAAGCCUGGGACUUAAGCUGAGUGGAAACUAUGCAAAAGCAGCCCAUGUGAGCGAGGGGCAGAGUAAUUUAACACCCCACUCUGGGCUGCAGGGUGGGUAUGCUGGAUGUGGCAGAGAUAUCCUUCUGCUCAGCUCCCCCAGCUGUGCUGUCCACCCGCCAACAGCCACCAACAGAGUGACACAUGUCACCCUCCUGGUACAGUACUUCCCUUUCCAAAUGCCUGUUGUUGGGAUACUGCCAGGGAGACGGGGGCAUCAGGCAGGCCCCCAGCUGGCUCCGGACGAUCACCGGUCUCCCGUGGAACAGCAUCAGUCAAUUAGCGACACUCAGUCUCAGGUAUGUUCUGAGACCCGUGCACACUCUUGUCAGCAGGGUGUAUAAAUCAUCCACAACGGAAGAUGGAGACAGAGGGAGCAUAUUUACAGCUUUCUUCAACAUACCGUAUUUUUUGCUCUAUAAGACGCACCAGACCACAAGACGCACCUAGUUUUUGGAGGAGGAAAACAAGAAAAAAAUUAUUCUGAAUCUCAGAAGCCAGAACAGCAAGAGGGAUCACUGCGCGGUGAAAGCAGCAAUCCCUCUUGCCUCUUGCUGUUCUGGCUUCUGGGAUAGCUGCGCACCCUGCAUUCGCUCCAUAAGACGCACACACAUUUCCCCUUACUUUUUAGGAGGGAAAAAGUGAGUCUUAUAGAGCAAAAAAUACGGUAGUUCAGGAACAAAGGAAAACAUGACUGCUUGCCUCCGUGUCCAGGAAAACAGGCGCAUAGCAAUAGCAACAUACAACGGAAGUUCCCAGCAGACUGUGCUGGGAGUAAACAGGCAUGUGAUACACAAACAUCAUGCCUGUACCCUUUUAAGGUGGAAUGGAACUAUAUCCUAACACCGAGUGCCAUCAGCAGCAUUGCCUGUGGAAGGCUCCUAAAACAGGGCAUUCCAGGGACUGGGGGAAUCAAGCUAGUCUCACUGUCAUUGGUAGCAUUGUCCUCAACUCUGUCCUGAUUGUAGGAAACUUGCUGCUCCUCACCUGCCAUGAGCAGGACUGCAGAUGUGGUGGUUGCCUCGCAGCUCUGUAAAGGGUUUGCAUUGUGUCCUAAAAACAUUUCAGAUUUGUGCUGGAAAUAGAGAAAUGGUGCGGGAGGUACGGCUGCCGCUGCUGCCAAAACCCUGGCCAACUUGUGGAACAUCGGCACGGCUCGGGCCAUUGACACAAUUGCCCCUGAGCACCCUUUCCCGCUUGGCUUCUUGGUAUACUCCAGAGGCUUUCGGCAAGGAAAGAAGCUGGGAGACAGAUUGAACGUGAAUGGAGGAAAACUCUGGUCAAAUGGAAUGUAAGAUAGGAUACAGUUGUGGGUACAGCGGUGCUUUUUCAAUUACCGUAUUUUUCGCUCUAUAAAACGCACCAGACUACAAGACGCACCUAGUUUUUGGAGGAGGAAAACAAGAAAAAAAUAUUCUGAAUCUCAGAAGCCAGAACAGCAAGAGGGAUCGCUGCGCAGUGAAAGCAGCAAUCCCUCUUGCUGUUCUGGCUUCUGUGAUAGCUGCGCAGCCUGCAUUCGCUCCAUAAGGCGCACACACAUUUCCCCUUACUUUUAGGAGGGAAAAAGUGAGUCUUAUAGAGCAAAAAAUACGGUAAUUGUGUAGGAAUUUUAAUGUAUGUAAUGUCAUUAAACUUUUCUCUAAUUUCUGUUUGAGUUUGUUGAAGAUUACACACACACACUCUCUCUCUCACUCUUAGAUGCAACAGUGUAUUAAUAUAGUUCUGUUUUACAUAGUUUCUUGUUUGGGGCGUGUGACUAGCUUUUCUCUCCCUCCCCAUCCUCAAUCUUUUAGGUACUCAUGAAGAAUAUCAGCUGCCAUACUAUGACCUUGUACCGUCUGACCCCUCCAUAGAAGAAAUGCGGAAGGUUGUAUGUGACCAGAAGCUACGGCCUAAUGUUCCCAACUGGUGGCAGAGUUACGAGGUACAGUUAGACUGUGACAAAGACUAUAACAACUUGACGCUUCUUGAACAAGAGGUACCGACAAUAUUAAUACUAAUAACAUUUGCCGCAUUAGCUAGGACAGAAAGGGAAACGCUAGCCCUCUGUUCGCAUAACUCUUGUGAGCAAGGCCUGUGCAAGCUUUUUAUGGCAGCCUGAAUACUCUUGUAAUGGAGAACUAAAACUACCUAUAGAAGGCAGGAUUUCAGUGUGCUAAAAGGAGGUGGCUAACUAUGUGAGACCAGUAUCAUCUUUUGGGAUUCUGAAAGUGCAACUUCUGCUUCCUCUGAGAGACAAAGGAGUUGAUUUGCAGUCAGUGGCCUGGUUCGCACGUCACAUUAAACCAUUAGAAACCGCAAGCGGACAACGCGGCAAGCCAGACCACGCCUUGUGGCAGUGCCUGCUAUUUCACAUUAUACCAUAAUUUAUUUUCACUAUGAUUAAAAACAACGUGUGAAACGGGUCAGUGAUUUAUGGUCCAGAUGGUGGAAUGAACACAGUACAGUGGUACCUAGAGUUACAUAUGCUUCAGGUUACAGACGCCGCUAACCCGAAAUAGUGCUUCAGGUUAAGAACUUUGCUUCAGGAUGAGAACAGAAAUCGGGCUCCAGCGGCGCGGUGCCAGCAGGAGGCCCCAUUAGCUAACGUGGUCUUCAGGUUAAGAACAGUUUCAGGUUAAGAACAGACCUCCGGAAUGAAUUAAGUACUUAACCCAAGGUACCACCGUAUAACAGUUCUCUUAAUGUUCCACCAAGCACCCUGUUUUUAGCAUGCAAUUUCAAAUGGUACUUUUGAAAUGGUCCAGCACCACGCUAAGCUGAGAUAUGGUGUGUGUUAGAACACUUGAAUGACCAUACAGUGGUACCUUGGGUUAAGUACUUAAUUCGUUCCAGAGGUCCGUUCUUAACCUGAAACUGUUCUUAACCUGAAGCACCACUUUAGCUAAUGGGGCUCCUGCUGCUGCCGUGCCGCUGGAGCACGAUUUCUGUUCUCAUCCUGAAGCAAAGUUCUUAACCCGAGGUACUAUUUCAGGGUUAGCGGAGUCUGUAACCUGAAGCGUAUGUAACCCGAGGUACCACUGUACUCCCAUUUGAUCUAGGCUGAUUGACGCAGUUUGAAAACACAUUUAGAAAAUUGUUCUCCACGUUGGCCGUGUGUGUUGUUUUUAUUGAUAUUGAUAAUAAUUAUUGGAAUUAAAUCUAAUAGGAAUUUGGUUUAUCGCUGAGCAUUUAAUGUGUCUGGGAGUAAACCAUUAGGCUUAUUCUUAUUCUUAGCCAUUUCAGCCAAGCCAUGCCCUCCUGCCCUACACCUGAGAUCAGAUGCGGGGCAGGUAAAAAUCUGACCAAGCCAAAAAAGAAAAAAAGAAAAAGAGUUUUGAAGACACUUGUGCAGUGCUUUGUCUGGUCUUGCUGUGCACUUUGCAAUUGGAUGGUUGUCUGGUCUCAAGAACCCCUUUGCAAGAUCUACCGUAUUUUUUCACUCUAUAGGACGCAUAUUUUCCCCUCCAAAAAUGAAGGGGAAAUGUGUGCGCGUCCUAUGGAGCGAAUGCAGGCUCCUUGGCUUCAUCGAUAGCAAUGGGAAGCCUCUGAAGCGCAGAGGGAGCACUCCCUCUGCGCUCCGGAGGCUUCGCGUUGCUUUCGCUGAAGCCUGGAGAGCGAGAGGGGUCGGUGCGCACCGACCCCUCUUGCUCUCCAGGCAGCUAUCCGCAAGCCUUUGGAGCACAGCAGGAGUUCCCACCGCGCUCCGAAGGCUUGCGGAUAGCAGCCUGAAGCCCGGGGAGCGCAGCGCCAACUCCCGCUGGGAGCACGCCCCCAGCCCCGCAAGCUCCGGGUGCGGCGGCAAGGCUACACGCAACCUUGCUGCCGCUCCCGGACCUGUUCUGGGGGCUGGGGUCAGGGGAAGCUCAGGCUUCCCCCGCCCCAGCCCCGCGGCUAAAAAUGAAGCCGUGCACAGCCUCUCCCGGCUGGAGAGGUUGCGCACGGCUAAAGAGGAAGCCAAGACAGCCAGCGGGAUGGAUCCUGCUCGCUGUCUUGGCUUCUUUGCUCUUUGGGGCUAGGGGGGAAAGAAACAUUUUUUCCUUUAUUUCCCUCCCUUAAAACUAGGUGCGCCCUAUGGUCCGGUGCGCCCUAUGGAGCGAAAAAUACGGUAGCUCCGCUCCUUAAUCUAGUGGAUAGUGUCGGUAAACAGAAGCCAGUUUAUGCAGGUGGUACUACCUGUGUGAUGGCCACAUGGUGACUGGAAAACCCUGCUCUCAGGGAUAGAGGAAUGCUCCACUUGAAGGGAAUUAGAAAGGCCAUGUCUGUGCAUGGAUCGAUCUUCGUAUGCUAUGCUGUCUGUAGCGAAAUAAAACAUACCCAUACAGCAUAUGCAACGAGCCCCCUGUAGACUGAAAGAGACAUUGCAUUGAAUAUGCCAUUGAGAGAUCCCUGAUGUCUUCUUUCUUUCUCUCUCUCUCUCUCCCCCCCCCCCUCGUUUUUAGUCUUUGCGAGUUAUGGGAAAAAUGAUGCGCGAGUGCUGGUAUGCCAAUGGAGCAGCACGACUAACAGCCUUGCGCAUCAAGAAAACUCUUUCUCAUCUCAGUCUCCACGAGGAUGUGAAAGUUUAGUCCGCAAGCCCCUUUCCCGAGGAAACUGCGCAAAAGCUGCCAUGCUAGAAUUGAUGAAUGGUGGAGAAGGCCUACCUCGUAUUUCUACACAGCCUGCUCCUAUCAGCUGGACAACUUGGUGUGCAGGUUAGGUGAGGAAAGUGGACACCCACAGACUUGGCUCCCUUCCUGAUUCACGAGUGAAAGUCAUCUUUUUUUUUCUAAUGCCCUCCGGAGAGCGUAAGGAUGGGCUUGUUGUAUAGAGAGAGAAGUUGGCCGCAACCGUAUCUUGUUGUUUCUCUGAUGGAAAUCCCUGUAAAUCCUCGCGACGUGCUUGUCGGAGACAGCCCUCUGGCUUAGGGAAGUGCUUGAGGACCAACAUAUGCACACACAUGCGCACACAAGAUUUGGGUGCUCCCUUGUCUGGCCAUGUGAAGCUCUUAGUCCUUUCCUAGUUUGACAGAUCCUAAGCCACCGCAGCCACUAGUGUUCAGCAGCGUGAGCAUGUGCAAAGGUACGUGUCCCUGUGCCCCUUUGGUAUUAUCGUGUCCGCUUGUGCCCCUGUGCAUGUGCAAAUGUAGAGCGUCCUCGUGUGAAAGUGCAGGUGCUCGUGCUCUCUUUGUCCCACACGUUGAGCAUCGUUAUCUCUUUUUCCUCUCGCUAGGGAAGGAUGCGAGGGUAUCCUCCCUGCCAAUUUUUAGACCCAUCGGGGCACUACACAAAACUAUCUCACUGCCAUCCUUCCCUUCUUUUCAAAGCAGGGAAUAGGUUUUAUUGCGUGUGUGUGUUUUUUAGUUUCAUGGUCCUCCUGUGUUGUCAGGGCUGGGUGGCAACAGUUGCUUAGCAGGCAGUCCAAUCUGCAGAAGGAAUAGGUGUCAGGUGAAAUCAGUGCUGGUCCUCCUGGUUAAAGGAAGCAAGGCAAAAGUAGGGCUGUGGGAAGCAGUUGACCUUUCAGGAUCAUUGCCGUUCUAUUUCUCAAGAAACAACUCUAGCAUUUUAAACAUUUCUCUAAUGAAGCAUCUGUGGCAAAAUAGUGUGUUCAGAGGCUUCCUGUGAAGAUUUAUCCCUUAAGGAAUGAUGACUGCAAAACUAAACUUUUUAUUAUUAAAAGGUGUGUGUGUGUGUGUGUGUGUGUGCGCGCGCGCGCGUGCGCAUGUGUGUGUGUGUAUAUAUAUAUAUAUAUAUAUAUGUUUGUGUGUGUGUGUGUGUGUGUGUGUGUAUAUAUAUAUGUAUAUGGUCUCCUGUAUUCUGGAAGUGAUUAUGUGUCACUUGGAAUGGGGUGGGGGGGAGAGUUUGGAAUGGAUUAACUUGCAUGCAUUUUGUUUCAGUUAAAUGAUCAGGGUGUAAUAAGACUGAUUUGGCUGUCGUGUUUGCUUUGGGAACAGCCCAAGACUGUAUUAUGAUGCAAAUAAUGCGUUGAAAACUCCAUAGUAUGUGGGUUGGGUGUUUGUGGUAGAUAACUCCUGAAGCCAUAACUUUUAACUGGAAUGGUUUGACUAUUGUUUGUUAAUUCUUAUUUAAUUGGGAGGGUCUGGAUUUUAACUUUUUUUACUAUUCUUUAUAAGAGAAGUAAAAUUGAUAAUUACCUCUCAUUCUCUUUUUAAAGAAAUCACUACAAAAAAAAAUACUGAAAAAAAAUGCACACAGCUCAAUUUUACACUGGAACCGUUUUUACUCAAGUUGUGGGCCCUGACUUCUGAGAGGAGACAUUAUGUCCACUCUGAGACAGGGCAUUUUUUAAGUACCGUAUAUAAAACAUUGUGUGUUUUGCUGUCUGUGGGUGUAGGUGUUCGUCUCAGUCUCUUCCUCCUUCAGCCCCUUCUCUUGUUCUCAACUAUGUCAGUGUGUAAAGUUGAAGCAGUGUCGUGUUGUGUAUUGGAGUCAGUUUUACACGCUCCUUUUGGUUUGAAGCAAACUGUAGCUUCCUCCAGGGCUGUGUUUUGAAAAUCUCAGGCGCUCUUAUUCACGGAGGGACAAGUGGAGUUUGCCCUUCUCGUAAAACCUGCUGCCUUUUGUGAUUCUGUUUCUGAUUGCUUUUGAGCCAGAGGCUACCACACCUCUCCAGCAAAUGGACACAGCUUACCAAAUCACCUCUACAACUUGGUUCUAAGAUGAAAAGCACCUCGACAUUUGUCUAGAUCAUGUAUUCCCAUCAAUGAAAAAUUGACUACUCGGUUGCUGACAUUGGAAGCUGAAGAUAGUACAUCAUGGAGGCUUAAAUUUGGAAGAUGCACAUGUCCAACUCGCAGCGGUAACAUAAUUCCAUUGCUAAGUUCUCCUUAGUUGGUUGGGGUUUUUUUUUAAGUAACAAGGGAGCCAUUGUCCUUUGAAACUGCUUGGCCUUGGUGACUGGAAGAGUUGAGGAAGCUGUAGUGUAACAUGGUGCCUAAACACAUUCUGAGUGUUCCCCCAAGAAGCAAGUUGUACACUCAAACUUAUGGCAUUGCAGUGAUAAGCACACCACUUGGAAGUGUGAUGAGAACCUACUUCUAUGUAAAGCAGAGGCAGACAGCAUGAUGCCCUCCUUUCAUCCCCAGCAAGCAUGGCCAAUAGCCAAGGAAUGAUGGGAGUUGUAGCCUACACAUCUGAAGGGCAUGUUGAUGACUGACCCUGAUGUAAAAGCAGCUUGAAUUGGAGUACAACUCACCUAAUUAAUAUCUUAAAAUAACUUACCACUGCUACACAGGCACACCUCUGUUGUGUCCUUAUGAAUAAGCCAACUGUGUAGCGCUGCACUUUGAAAGGUAAAAGGGAUAGGCUGUAUCACAACGAUUGGCUUCUAGAGUCAUCAUAAUAUGCAUUUAUCAAAGAGGCCGCAGUAGCCUCUUGCAGCAGAAACACAUUUUUGCUCAGUGCUGCUCCGGAGCGCUAUCAGAAGAGGAGCAAGGCAGCUAGCUAAAGAGCAUUAAAAAGCACUGUGCCAUUACAUGGCUAAAUGCUCGUUUAGCACAUUUCUCUCUUCUAACAUAUAUCUGACCAGUGACAGGUAGACGUUGGCUGGGGUUGCAAUUUACAGCACUGCAAAUUGCAGCAGCCUGAAGGAGGAGAGGUUUUCCUGCUCCCGCUUCACCUGCUACAAAAAUAAAUAGGAAUAGAAAUCCUAAUGUCACGUUCAAAGGACUAUUGUUCCUGUCCCACUCCCCACAGAUCAGAAAGAAGUGGGCAAGUCGGAGGGCCACUAGUUUCUUCUUAAAAUUCAAACAGACACAGUUGCACUCCGUUGUGCAUGUUUUCUUCUUAAUAAUGUGAAAAGUUCAAAUAAAAGACAUACCCAACAGUGCAGCUACAAUAACUGCUGAGAUCUUUUUUUAGACGGCAUAAACUAAGGGCACCUAGGAGAGUGAAGAAAACCAUUAACUGUAGCCAGACAACCAUGAAGUUUUUAGUCCACUGGUCUGAAGUCCAGGUAAGUCACAGGGUGGAAUUUGAGUUCUUAAUUCCAUUUGGGAACGAGCGACUAGCUUCAUCUUGGCAUCAAGGCAGACAUGAAAGAAUCUGGUGACGUCAAACCUCCAAAUGGAAAAGAGUUCAUUCAUUGCUUUUUUUUUCAAAUCUAGAAGAUGGAAGGUGUGGGUUCCUGGCUGGUACUAUUAAGAUUUUGUCAGGUGGCACACUGGCUUCAGAAUAGAUCAUUCUGGUACUGUUGUCUGUCUCUUUCCUGCCCCCCCCCUUUCCACUUUCUCGUCCACCUACCCCUGAUUCCUACUUGAUCUUUAUAUUUCGUUCAGGUUUUGUAUGUUUUAUUAGAAAAAGACUGUAAAAUAGCCACUUAGACACUUUACCUCCUCAGUAUGCAAAUGUAAAUACAUGUAAUAUAGUAAAGAAAUCUUUUGUUUUAAUAUAAGAAUGAGGCUGUCCAAUUUUCUGUUGUACAUUAUUAAAAGUUUGUUUUUAUUCACUUCA